ACCGAAAUGACGUCAUCAGCUCAGCGCCGUUCCUCCGAGUGAGAGAUGGACAGUGUGUGCAGUCACAGUGUGUUCGUGCUGCAGCAGCUGCAGGAUCAGCGUAUCCAGGGUCUGCUGUGUGACUGUAUGCUGGUGGUGAAGGGCGUCUGCUUUAAAGCCCAUAAGAACGUGCUGGCGGCCUUCAGCGCCUACUUCCGGUCUCUGUUCCAGAACUCGCCGGCGCAGAAGAGCGAUGUGUUCCAGCUGGCCAUUCAGGACGUGGGCGGCAUCGGGCAGGUUCUGGACUACAUGUACACAUCACACCUGGAGCUCAACCAGGACAACGUUCAUGCGCUGAUGGAGAUCGGACAGAGCCUGCAGGUGUUGAACAUCCUGAACAUGUGUUAUGAGUUCCUGAAGCCGUGUGUGUCGAGCGACGUCUCCCUCCCUCUGGCCGAUCAGGACAGCCUGUUGGGAAGCUUUCCUGCAUCCGAAGCUCCUCCUCCUCCUCCUCUUCCUCCUCCUCCCGCAGACGAGCAGCAGAAGCUCCGCGAGACGAGCCGCCAGCCGCCGCACGGCUACAAGCUCAGGAACUUCUACACCAGACAGUAUCUGCAGCAGAGCGGAGGCUUCCCGCCCGAGGAGCCGCCACACACCAGCGUGACCUCAUCACACGCCGGGCCCGAGGCCACGCCCCCCGUCCCGGAGACCAUGCCCAGCUCAGAGGCCACGCCCCCCGUUCCAGAGACCAUGCCCAGCUCAGAGGCCACACCCCCCACCCCAGAGGCCACGCCCCCACACGUCCUGCGCCCUAAGAAAGACGUUUACCUGAAGAAGUUCAACUAUCUUCGCUCGCACGUCCGGCCGGAGGAAGAGGAGGGCGGGCGCUGCGCUGGAGCCGGCGCGCCGUGUGACCGGCCAGGGGCGACCUCUGACCUCUCUGUGAACUCUGACCCAGCAGAAGCAUCUGAGCUGAAAACCACACCUGCGGCAGAGCCCGAUGAUGCGGAGUCGAGGGGUCACGACGAGAGGUCAGAGGUCAGCAGCAGUAAUCAUAAGUAUUGCUGUGAGGUUUGUGGAAAGACGUUUAAACAUCCCAGCAACCUCGAGCUGCACAAACGCUCACACACAGGCGAGAAACCGUUCCAGUGUAGCGUGUGCGGUAAAGGCUUCUCUCAGGCGGGAAACCUGCAGACGCAUCUCCGCCGGCACUCGGGAGACAAACCCUACAUCUGCGAGCUCUGCGGGAAGAGCUUUGCGGCGUCAGGUGAUGUUCAGCGACACAUCAUCAUCCACUCGGGAGCCCGACCUCACCUGUGUGACAUCUGCGGACGAGGCUUCAGUAACUUCAGCAAUCUGAAGGAGCACAAGAAGACCCACAGCUCAGAGGAGGAGUUCACCUGCGACCAGUGCGGCAAAUCCUUCAACAUGCAGAGAAAACUCCUCAAACACACACUCCGACACCGCGGAGACAGACCCUACUGCUGCCAGACCUGCGGCAAGUGUUUCGCCGGCUCCGGGGAUCUGCAGCGUCACACUCGUUCUCACACCGGUGAGCGCCCGUACGCCUGCGACUCCUGUGGGAAGAGCUUCACACGCACCGCAGUCCUGCGCAGACACCGAAGCUCACACUCGUGUGUGUCUCACUGCGGCCCUGGAGACUCUUCGUCAUCCUCAUCAUCAUCAGCUGGAGUCUCAGCACCGGCCCGACCCACAGCUUCAUCAUCUUCAUCUUCAUCAGCGGUGUGUGUGUCUCACGCGGAGGGCCUGUGCAGCAGCGGCGCGCUCUGGGGACGAGCCAUGAAGACCCUGCAGAGCGACACUGAGACAUGAGUGUGUGUGUGUGCUCCUGCUCUAGAUCUGCUGUAAUGAGGUCAGAGGUCAGACGUUUGCGUGUCGUCUGCUCUCCAGAAUACAGUGAACUCUGAACUCUCCCUCCGGUGUCAUCAUCUGUGUGAAUAUACAGGACGCUGUCGUUUAUUAACUCACAGAUAAACAUGACAUGAGAAAUGCAUCGAUAGAGAUGGAAACACAUUUCUACACAAGACUAGAAUAAUGCUUUGGUGAACCAUAAUUAUGACAUGAAAAAAGGAAAAUUAAAAAAAAGCACAAAUAAAGUCGAAAUUCUCUUACCAAGGAA